AUGGGUUCCUCCACUUGUUGUACCAGUCGUCAACCUCCUUCUCCCGAUGUAGUCUCACCUCGUCCUGUACGAUCACCAUCUCUUACUCCAGUUAACACUCUAAGGAAGUCUCCAAGAAAAACGUCCAAUUCCAGGAUUGGGGAGCUACAAACACAAGUCACUGCAUGGAGCUCGGCUACAAAAAUGAAAGAUAAAACAGAAAUCAAAGCCGUUUCCGAAGGAGAGUGUUUCCAUGAUAGUGAUAAAGAAAACGAAAUUGUGGUGGUCGGCGAAGCAGAUAGUGCCGACGAUAGCGUGAACGAAAGGCGACAGGGGGUCAAGCCAAUGCUCAGUUCCAACACACUCAAAUCCGUUAAAAGCCGUUUAAUAAAGACGUUUUCCCGCGAACCUGGAAUCGCAAAGGCCGAUAAAAGAAAAAGUAUAGGGACCAGUCAGGAAGAAGUCGAGCGAAGAAAGGAACUGAGAAGGAUAAGGCAAAAGAGAAUUGAAGAGGAAUUAAGUUAUGAUGAUGGAUAUGAUGAGGAUGCUCGGUCUACGAGUACAGUAGAUUGUCCUGCUAUGCGGACCGACAAGGCUCAGAAGAAGCGAUCUGUUCUACCAGAGGACAGUGGCAACUUUCCAAUUUUUCGGAAGCAGAGCUCUUCCUUUGGAUCGGAGGCAGUUAGCAAUGGCAGCAAUAUCUCCCUUUCUACAAGCAAUAAUGACAACACAAGUAGAAUAUCGCUAUCAGCUACCAAGCUUGAUGACACCAGUAAAGUAUCCCUUCUAAAAUCAGCAGAUCGAGGAAAGUCUCGAACAUAUUUAGGUCCUGGUGACCCAAACUCUAAUCUUCUCAAACCAGUCAAUACUCCACCGCGCAGAUACAGCUCCCCUGGCCCUUGUCCUACGCCCAGUGAAACCGACUUAUUCCAGCCUGGAAAACACCACCUCAGGCAAACAGACAGUGAAGUUUCUGCAAUACCUUCAGCAUCUCUAGUAGAGGCUCAAAGCCUGCCAAGUUCUGCUACCCUUGAUCCGAGCACGGCUUCGAGCUGGCGAUUAUCAUAUACUUCUCAUCAAAGUAAUCGUGGUGCGCAUCUUCGAAGGUUAAGUCAACAAUUUGAGGCUCCAAUUCAAUCAGCGACGGAUGUUGCAAACGUAGGAACUCAAACACUUCCACGUUGGCUAAAAACUCAUGGGCUCCGAUCGUCUUCGCAGGCUAUCACUACUUCGGAAGGUAGCACUUUACCAAAAGAGCCAUCAUUCAUGCGUCCUCCACGUUCAGAUACUGGAUUUGGUGGGGUUGAUGGAAGUGGAAGCUUUUCAAAUAUGCAUUUGCAGGAUAUGGAUAUCUCUAAACGUCUUCUGCAGAGCUCUUGCUCGUCACCACAGCUAGCCAGCUGGGAGGAGCAUCACCGUGAAGCUUCCGGAAUUAGUACUGCGACACAAAGUCGUGCUAGAUAUAUGCGAAACCCAUCGGAAACAAUAUCAAUACCUUCAUGCCCAUCAAUUGCCUUGAGCGAGCUAGUCCCACCAAAUUGGGGAAAAUUACCAAAUGAUGGAACUUCCUCAUUUUACCCUACCGUACCCAACAGCAUCCAGCCUUCACCAGAAUGUUCACGGUUUGAGCUAUCUCCUUUCAUGUCCACAAACAGAAGUAUCCCUACAAUGGUAGAGCCACAAGUAACUGAUGGGAUUAUGACUCCUCUUCGCUCGCCACUAAUGCCAGCAGCAUUAGGGAGCGACACCCCUACCACAAUCAAUGUAUCUUUAACGAGCCUUCAAGCCCCUCUAAGCAGAUAUUCCGCCAAACAAAUUGAUGAGAGCUCGCUUUUUGCUUCUGAAACCACCAGUUUUCGAGAACGAGAAUUGGAAUUAAGUCAUAUCCAAGCACGGUUUGCUUCGUCCGAUUCGCAUAGACCUCCAAGUACACCAAUAUCAAGCAAGUUCCGCGAAGAAUUCGAUAUUUCGCUCACUCCUCAACCUAAAUCUCCUUUUCAGAAGCUUGUCAGGGCUUGCUCGCUGAAUAGAAGUCGUGAUGUUGUGGAAGAGGAUCCAUUACUUGCUCCUCCACCGCAUAGAUCAGGAUUUGGGUAUCGAUUUAUCUCUACUCCCACAUCACUAAGUAGAAGGAGUACUGCGCGUCAUUCGACACCAACGAAGAAAACUACAGAAAGAAGAAGAACCCCAAAUGUUGAUGAUUCGAUCGAUACUCCAGUAAAAGGUAAAUUCUCUGCAUUUCGCAGAUUUAAGCGUCUGGCUAGUUUGGGUGGGUACGAUGGUCCGGCAGAUGAUCAUAGAGGCAGUAGAUCCGAGUCUGGCACUGCACGAAGACCAUCUGCGUUGGAUGCUAGGCUAGGCUUGGGUGCCGAGAUGACCGCAAAGGAGGCUCAACGGAAAAUAUCCAUACCUCCUGGCAUACCAUCCAUCACAUUGCCCACUCCCGAGUCUCCAAGUAUUAACACAGCUGACACUCAUGAACCUGGUGUUUUGGCUCGCAUGGCUACAACUAUGCAUGUCCCGACUCCGGAAAUUCACUUACCUGGCCAUCUUGGCCGCAUGGCCACAACUAUGCAUAUCCCAAAUCCGGAACUUCAUAUGCCUGAUACUCUUGCUCGUAUUGGUACUGCUAUGCAUAUUGACUUACCUACACCUCACUUUCCUGAUGCCUCAUCGAUUCUUCAUACCCCCCAUAUUGAUAUUCCAACCCCUCACCUUCCCAGCAUUCCCCAUAUCAGUUUUGGUCAUCAAGAUUCAGAUUCUCCCCCAAAAGAAAAGAAGGGCUUCAAUGCAGCACCUGCAAUCGCUCCAAUUGCUGCACCGAAAUCAAAAGUCCAAAGGCCUAGCAAUGAUCCUGGAGCACCACAGUGGAGAGGCCCACGAGCUAGAAAUCGCUCCACGACUAGGGAGGAUAGUAGGAGAAGAAUGGACACUAGUCAGGAUGAUUCCGCAGCUGUUUGGAUGAGAGCAGUGAAAGGUGCGGUAUCAGAUAGUUCGAAAGCACGCAAGGAUAAUCAAGACGGAGACGAUAUCUUUGGAGAUUGGGAGGCACAACUAGCUGGAGUUGCAUCUAAAUCCAAAUACGAAAGCCGAAAAUUUGGCUCGAGAGGCAAACCAAAGAUCCAUCAAAUUGAACAAUUUCCAGAAACUUGGUGUAGAUUUCCCAGCCACGAAAGGAAUGCCAGGGGGCAUGAAAGUGCGGGUGUAGAGUCAGCUGUUGAAGCAAAGGAUUUUGCCAUUUUGAGGCCGGGAAAUGAGAGUUUGGGAAGAUCGGAGCAUUCUUAUGGUACAAGAAGGAGAAGAAGACCAGGCAUGUAUGCUGAGAAUAGUAGUGAUCCCAGUAAUUUUCAAGGAUUAUCUGAUGAGGAGCUGGAUGCAAUUGAAGCUGCAGAGCCGUUCUACAAACGGUGGAGUCAUAAAAUUAAAAUUGCCUGGAUGGACUAUAGAAUUGAGGAUGCACAAAAGAAACACGCAUUUCAUUCGGGGAGCUUGGGAAGGAGAGGUUCAAUGACUAUGGAUGGAAAAGUACCAUUUCCCGAACUUGAAUUGUUACCAAUGAGGGCACCCCUUCCGCCAAGUGAGGUGGUAGAUGACGAAGCGGAUGAUAUUGAGGCGGAAAGAAAAAGAGUGGAAGCGAUCCAAAAAGCUAAAAUUAAGCCGCAUUAUGAGGCGGCAGAUUUGACUCAGAGCAAGGGAGGUGUAAGUGAUCUGUUGGAUAUUUUUAGUUCAGGACCUGAGGAGCCAGCUGAACCAAAGAUGCCUGUUAAAAAGAAAGGUCCGAAAGCAAAGAAAGUUAGAGACCCUUAUGCAUUGGAUGAAGAUGAUGACUUAGGUGGUGGUGGCGGUGGGGAUAAGGGCGAUGAGGACGAAAUACCCAAGAAAAAAGGAAAGAAGGUCAGGGAUCCCUAUGCAAUUGAUGAAGAUGAUGAUGAGGAUCUGCCAUCCGCUCCAAAAAAGAAGGAAAAGGCGAAGAACCCAUACGCAAUUGAUAAUGAUGAAAAUGAGGAGAUGCCGCCUAUUCCGAAGAAAAAGGGCAAGGCGAAAGACCCAUAUGCUAUCGAUGACGAUAAGGACGGCUCAUCAGACUUUGGUUAUGGAGACGAAUUGGGCAAAAUUGAUCAAAUCGUGAUGAAAGAGGUGCUAAGUGAUGAUGACACGAUUGACCAUACACGAUUUGAAGACUCGGUCAUUAGUUUUCGUGAUCCUGAAUUCUAUCAGGAUUGUUUGGUGAUGCCCAAAGAACCAAGUCCUGUGCAUGUUAAAGAAUGUUCUGUACUAUCUAGUCAUGGAAUCAUUGAAGAGGAAAUCGAGAACCCAUCCAAGAACGGCGUGGGCAUUGAAGUACAAGUUAAAGAGAUUGGCGAGGGGGUUGUCAAGCAGAUUGAGAAGUUCAAAACUUGGAAUGGCAAAGAUUGGGAGAAGGAAAUGGGAGGAUUCUUGAAAAGAAGAGACACUAGUGUAGGAAGAGAUAGCAUGAGAAGCGCGAGAUCAGCAUGGAGUAUGGGGAGUCAGGGAUCGAGAAAUACAGUGAGGAGUGUUGGAGUAGAAGUCAAGAGACUAGAGGAUUUAGAGAGGGAAAGAAAAGCUUUGAGAAAGGAUGGUGGUCACUUGACAGGAGGUGUGCCGAGGAGGGUCAGAGGAAAUAGAGGGUGGGACAAUGAGAGAGGACACGAAAGGAGCGCUAGCUUAGGAGGAAGAGUUGUGGGAUUCGAGGGACUAAGUGGCUCGAGUGAAACCAGGGGAAGGAGGUUAACGUUUGGAAGUGGAAGGUAG